UCUGAUUGGUCGAACCUUCAGCGGUCGGUCGAGGUCGCUGCCGCAGAACGUCUGCAGGGGAACAGAGAACUUCUUCCAGCGGUCGUGGUGGCUCGGGCCGGGUACUUCGACACCGCAUGAUCUGGACGUGACCACCGUGCCCAGUAAGGACGUGGUGAUGGUCCACGAGCCCAAGCAGAAAGUGGACCUGACCCGGUACCUGGAGAACCAGACGUUCCGAUUCGAAUACGCCUUCGAUGAGAACUCCACCAACGAAAUGAUGGACAGGUUCACUGCUCAGCCGCUGGUUGAGACCAUUUUUGAGCGAGGAAUGGCGACGUGCUUCGCUUACGGACAAACAGGAAGUGGAAAAACACACGUGUUCGACCUGCUGAACCGUAAGGCCAAGCUGCGGGUCCUGGAGGACGGGAAGCAGCAGGUGCAGGUGGUGGGGCUGCACGAGAAGGAGGUGAAGUGCACCGAGGACGUCACAGAUUUGCGUCCGUCACUUCCGCCAAGUGGUUAACAUUGUGGAGGUCUGGAUCGUGGUGCUGUUCAU